AUACGUAUAUUCAUUGUAGACUUCAAUCAAGAGAGACAGAUGUUAUUAGAACGAGUCUUUCCGAAAAUACGACUACAUUGUUUUGAGCAUGGAUAUGAUUUUCAAGCUAUUGAUGUAACCUGGGGUAUUAAAAGCCUUAUAUUAGAUGAGCACAAUAUUACUCGAUUGACGUUAGAUUUGCUACGUUACUGCCAAGAGCAAUCCGUUGGGCCUAACUUUAUCACCUUAGUGGGUGACAGAUAUGGUUAUCGUCCACUGCCAACUAAAAUUUUCGAUAAAGAAUUUAAGCAGAUGUUAGCAGCUAUUGAAAAUCAGGAGCAUAGGAAAUUUUUUACCGAGUGGUUUGUGUUAGAUGAAAAUUCUGUUCCUGCGACGCAUGUAUUACAGCCAAUUAGUUCAGUAUACCGUGAUUUUAACUCAACAAGUAGCAAUGCACGCAAGGCUGCCGAGGGAAAUUGGCAGAAAGCAUUCAAUAGAUUGCAAGAUAUUUUAUAUUCAAGUCUGAAAGGAAUAUCUGACGAAAAAGCAAGACCGAAAUAUUUGCUAUCUGAAACCCAUAUGAUCGCUCAGGAAGCCAUAUUGCGAUCAGAUAAUCCUAACUUUAAUUGUAUCUUAAUGCGUAGAAAUAUUACAGAUAUUAAAAAAUUCGUUGGCAAUGAUUCUAAAAUAAGUGAUUACUUAGAUGUUAACCCUGAAUCUGGCGUUAUCGAUAGCCACGCUCAAGAUUUGUUGUCAACACUUAUUGAUAACUACAUUCCUUCUAGACUACACCAUACCAAUAUAUUGAGUUAUGAUGUAAAGUGGAAAGCUAAUGUUGGAAUCGACAAGAACAAAUCAACAGAUCAUUCCAAGUAUAUGAAUGGACUAUGUACUGACGUUACGGAAAAGUUAACAUCCUUAGUUGAUCAAGCGAUCCAAACGCAUUCUUCGCUAAACUUUAAUGAUGAUGAUCUCUAUGAAGAAGUUAAUCACCAUACUGCGCUGUGUUUAACAAAAUUUAAUGAAUUUCAUGGAUGCGAAGAUCUCUUACAAGCUAUCGAACGUUAUGUACGAAGUAAUAGCAAGCAACCUCUUGUAUUAUUAGGUCCCUCAGGAUGUGGCAAAACAUCAUUAAUAUCUGCAGCUACUAGAGAAUGCAAAAAAUGGCUAGGAUCAUCUGGCUGUGUUGUUGUACGCUAUUGCGGUACAUCACCUGAAUCUGGUAAUAUAAGAUUACUGCUAAGAAGCGUAUGUCAACAAUUUCGAAAAAUUUAUAACGGUGACCCAGCUACUACACCAGAGACUUAUAAAGAACUAAGGGACGACCUAAUGAAACGGUUAAAAAUGGCUACCACCUUUUUUCCGCAAGUUCUUAUAAUUGAUGGUUUAGAUCAAUUAUCAGAUGAUGAUAAUGCACACGAAAUACAAUGGUUACCGAAGACAUUACCGGAGUACGUUAAAGUUAUCCUAUCAGUGAGAUCAGACUCAUCUAGUCCUGCUUUACGAAGUUUAAGGGUAAAUUUCAUUCACUGUGAUUUAUGUAAUUAUUCUUGCUCAAAAUUUUUCUAUUCAAAAAAUUUUCCACAAUCUUGA